UUAUUUCUCAAGUUGACGUUGACGGCUGUUGCCUGUUAUCGUUAUCAAACUUAUCAAUACCAAUACAAAUACUAGGGUUAUUUUGUUGUAAUGUGAGAUUAUUAUAUUUAAACGUACAAAGAAUCUGUAGUAUACUUAGUCAAAGGUACCGCAAAGAUGUCGGACCCUACAAUACAAACGUUUUGUUGCCAUCACACUGGAAAUAAAGAAGACUUUGCAGUCAGAAUUAUGGACGAAUUUAACACCGAUUCUUACAAUAUUGUGUGUUUAAUUUCAUCUACAGUUGGAAUACUGGGGUCUGUUUACCAGAUUUUACCGGAUGUCGUAAAUCGGAUACAAAGAGGUAUCGGUUCCACGCGUGGACGACGAAUUAUUAUCUGGUUGGCUGUUGCAGAUUUAUUGGCAUCAUUUGGUGUGUUAGUGCGGUCAUCCUUAUGGCUCAAGUAUAAGAACAUUAUGCCUUUACCAGAUGAUGAUGUUAGUGUCUUGUUUUGUAGCAUAAUUUCAGCAUGGACUCAAUAUUUUUACACAGUAACUUGGUUCUGGACUUUGUUUUAUGCCAUAGACACGUGGCUCACUAUAAAGGGACGAGACUCACACACGUUACUAUAUCAUUCUAUUGCAUGGGGAUUACCUGCAGCUACUACUGGUGUUGGACUAUCCAUUCUUUAUAUUCCUAAUGCAAAGUGCCACAACCUUCCUACUGCAACAAGUGCCUUAUACAAAAUAUUACCUAACUAUUGUGCCACAUAUUUGCCCAUCGCCAUGGUCAUGAUAGUGAACCCAAUAAUGUAUGUAAUGUCAAGUAAAGAUGUGGAGAUGGCUGUAGCAGUUCCUCUGGCACAGUUUACAAGUAAAGAACGAAGAGUAGUGGACACAUUGAGACUGAAGUUUUUCUUGAUCAACCUAGUGUUCUACUUGUGUUGGGUGCCAAAUCUCGUAAAUGGCUUACUGCUGUGGACAAUGUGGUUUAACAUUCCUGUUAAAGUCAUUAUCACAAUAUGGUACAUAAUGGCAUUAACAAAUCCUAUGCAGGCUUUAUUAAAUGCUCUAGUCUAUCGAAGAUGGAAUACGGAUAAAUGGAGAAAUAUGCCAACAUUUAGUAAUGAAACCAGAAAAGAGUUUUGUUUCUAUGAUGAACAGUCUCCUUUGUUGGGUUCAGAACCACCUAGACUGCAGUUAUCACCCAUUCCACUGGGUAUUAACAAUUACGCUACUUUGUGAUAGUGUGAAAUAAAUUCCAGUAUUGUUGGCAUUUUGUUAGACUUUUUCUUUAUAUGAAUAUACAAUUUUUUACUUA